AUGGUGUCCCGCACGGCCCUGGCGGCCCUGCUGCUGGUUCACGUCGCCGCUCUGCUGGCCUCCCAGACGGAAGCCUUCGUUCCCAUCUUCACAUACAGCGAGCUCCAGAAGAUGCAGGAAAAGGAGCGGAACAGAGAGCAAAAGAAAUCGCUGGGCGAGCAGCAGAGGUCUGAAGAGGUGGGUCCUCUGGACCCCGCGGAGCUCACGGAGGGGGAAGACGGCCAAGUUAUCAAGCUCACUGCUCCCGUGGAAAUUGGAAUGAGGAUGAACUCCAGGCAGCUGGGGAAGUACCAGCCGCCGUGGAAGGGCUGCUGA